CGCCCCCUCCCGGCCGCUGGCUUCCCGGGAGGCCGCUCGCCGCCGGGGCGGGAUGAAGCUGCGCAGCGAGCGCCUGCCCUGGGCUUGCAGCGGCCAGCGCGGCCCCGGGGCGGCAGGUACGGGACCGGCCUGCAGAGCCGCCUCGCCGCACCUCAGCCGCCCCGGCAGGGCCCCGCGGGCCGGGCUGGAGCCGGGCCUGGAAGGGGCCCGCAGCCUUGCUGCUUCCCAGCCGACACUGGAAGCAGAGAACUGCAGCCGUGCUGCUUUAUUUGCAAAAGCAGAGGAGCUGUUGGCGAAGAGAACGGCAGGUGGAGACCCGCUGGCACGCUUUCUGAAAGGACAGCUCUACUACGAAGAGGGGUUGUAUGAAGAAGCAUUAAUACAAUUUGAAAAAAUCAAGGAUACAGAUUUUCAAGCAAUGUAUCAGCUUGGUGUAAUGUAUUACGAUGGACUAGGCACUAAAGAAGACCCUGAAAGAGGAGUGGAAUAUAUGAAGAAAAUACUCUACUCUGAUUCCCCAAAAGCAAGACACUUGAAGUUUGCAGCUGCAUACAACCUUGGCAGAGCGUAUUAUGAAGGAUGUGGUGUUAAGCAGUCAACUGAAGAGGCUGAAAGGUUGUGGCUUAUUGCUGCAGACCACGGAAAUCCAAAAGCAAGCGUAAAGGCCCAGAGUACUUUAGGAAUGCUUUAUUCUGUGUCAGUUCUAAAAGAUCUGAAGAAGGCCUUUUUCUGGCAUUCAGAAGCAUGUGGCAAUGGAAAUCUGGAAUCACAGGGUGCACUUGGUGUUAUGUAUCUCUAUGGACAAGGUAUAUGUCAAAACACUAAAGCUGCUUUGGAGUGUAUGAGAGAAGCAGCAGAACGUGGAAACAUCUAUGCUCAAGGCCAUCUUGUGGAAUAUUAUUACAAUAGAAAAUUUUACUCAACAGCUGCUGCAGUAGCCAAAAGGAUUACAGAAAAUGAUGACAUCGAUAUGCUAGCAAAGACAACUGAUUGCCUUCCUACAUACAUAGCCAAGGGGGUGGCUAUGGCUGCUUUCUACUUGGCUAGGUGCCUCCAGCUUGGCCUAGGUGUACAGCAAGACCAAGCUGCUGCUAAAAAAUACUAUUCUAAGGCAUGCCUUCUGGAUCCUGCUAUGGCUUCUGACCUUGAACUGGCAGCUAAUCUUGGGAGAAUUUAGUGUUUCCUUUAGCUGUGACUGGUACAUAAAUGUAUUUCCUACAGUAAACUAUAGUAAAUUAUAGACUGCUUGUCAUUUACUGCUUGCAACUUUCUAUAAAUUAUUACUUAAAGCAAUUUAGCAAUUCUUUUUUAUCUAAGAAAAGAGAAAGCAAAAAGCUCACACUCUUUAACUGAGAUGAGGCAAAGGCAGACUUUUCAAAAAUGGCAUUGAAGACAUAAGGUUUAUCAAGGACAUUUUACUGGGACAAGUGUCCUGUGUUUUCUUAAUGUCAUACUGCUAUAUAGCACAUGAAUCAAACCAAAACCAGAUGAAAACGGUUGUUUCCUUUUCUGCAUUUUUAGUAUUUAAACAUUAAGUUUUAAUAUUCUGAAAAACUUGAACUUGUCUAGUUUUCACAUACAACCCAUUCACAGGUCGUGACCAUUCUUAACUCUUACCUUUGCUAGUGGUGUAUAUACUUUCUUUCACAGGCUCUUCUAAUACAUCUAGAUCUACUUAUGUGUCUCACCACGUUACACUCUUAGACUGCAGAGAUUCGAAGUUGGAAAUUGGCCUGUAUGACACGAAGCUUUACAGUUCAAACCAUGUAAACUUCUAAAACUAGAAAACAUUACUUACAGAGCUAUCAAAAAAACCAUUAGUAUGAAAACAUUCAAUAUACGUGUCCUCUGCACGAGGCUUGUUCUCCUCAAUCCUUCUUCAUAUUGCAUUUACGCUGCCUGUGUUUGUAUUAGAAAUAGUCAAAAGCCUUUUGGCUGGGAGCAUGUCUGCCUGAGCGAUGUUAUGCUGAAUCUUUUACCAAAAGAUACUUUGAUUAAACACUAGUAAAUGUUACUGAUUGCUAUGGUAAGCGUGCACAUUUCUAAAUACCUAUUUAUUUGUAAAACUUUGUAUGUGCAGAAUUUGGCUGCCUUCUUAGGACUGUCAUGACUUGAAAACUUUUUUGAAACUGCUGGAACAGA